UUAUUUUUAUUAAAUUAUAUAUAUAGUUAUAUGUAAGUAUAAUUAUUGUGAUGAUUAAAUUGAAUCUGUAAGGAUCUAGAAGCUAGGGUUUAUAUAAUUGAAGAGAUUAUGAUAAUGAUCAGGCAUGCUAAUUAGUGAUAAAUUAAGUUCCGAUCUAGUUAAUUUAUUAAUUAAGGUAUUAAGAUAUAAGAUAUGGAUGUGGAUUCAUCAAUGACGUCCUCAUUAGAAGUUGAUCACAAUAGUGGUAGUGAGAAUAAUCUCGAUACUAAUGGUACGGUAUCGGAGGAGAAGGUAGAGGAGAGUCGGGUUGCUGCUAGUGUGGGAGUGGCAGGGGAGGACAGUCCGGUGGCGUUGAAUCAGAGUAGUGGUGGUGGUUCGGUAGGUGGGCCGAGACAUGCGCCAAAUUAUUCGGUUGUGAAUGCUAUAUUGGAAAAGAAGGAAGAUGGUCCUGGUCCGAGAUGUGGACAUACUUUGACGGCUGUUGCUGCUGUUGGGGAGGAAGGAAGUGCUAAUUAUAUGGGACCUAGGCUUAUAUUAUUUGGCGGUGCAACGGCUUUAGAGGGUAACUCUGCGAAUGCUGGGACUCCGACCUCGGCUGGAGGUGCAGGAAUACGUCUAUCGGGUGCGACUGCUGAUGUGCACUGUUAUGAUGUAUUGACAAACAAAUGGUCUAGAAUAACUCCAUUUGGAGAACCACCUACACCAAGGGCAGCUCAUGUGGCAACGGCUGUGGGUACUAUGGUGGUUAUUCAGGGUGGAAUUGGUCCAGCUGGUCUGUCUGCCGAGGAUCUCCAUGUUCUUGACCUGACACAACAACGGCCUCGAUGGCAUAGAGUGGUCGUUCAAGGCCCAGGCCCUGGCCCACGAUAUGGGCAUGUCAUGGCUCUGGUGGGGCAAAGAUAUCUUAUGGCAAUUGGUGGAAAUGAUGGAAAGCGGCCUCUUGCUGAUGUAUGGGCCUUGGAUACAGCUGCCAAGCCGUAUGAGUGGCGGAAAUUAGAACCAGAGGGAGAGGGUCCACCACCAUGCAUGUAUGCUACUGCCAGUGCACGUUCUGAUGGUCUUCUUUUGCUUUGUGGAGGACGGGAUGCGAAUAGUGUGCCUCUGGCAAGUGCUUAUGGGCUUGCAAAGCACAGAGAUGGUCGCUGGGAAUGGGCAAUUGCCCCUGGGGUUUCACCAUCUCCUCGAUAUCAACAUGCAGCAGUCUUUGUGAAUGCUAGGCUCCAUGUGUCUGGUGGGGCACUUGGAGGUGGACGCAUGGUGGAGGACUCAUCAAGUGUGGCAGUUCUUGAUACUGCAGCAGGAGUGUGGUGUGAUACAAAGUCUGUUGUGACCUCUCCGCGGACAGGUAGAUACAGUGCUGAUGCUGCUGGUGGAGAUGCAGCAGUUGAAUUGACAAGGCGUUGUAGGCAUGCAGCUGCUGCCGUAGGUGACUUAAUCUUUAUCUAUGGUGGUUUACGUGGAGGAGUAUUGUUAGACGAUCUCUUAGUUGCCGAAGACCUAGCUGCUGCUGAAAUGACAACAGCUGCAUCACAUGCAGCAGCAGCUGCAGCCUCUAAUGCACAGGCAGGGAGGUUACCUGGACGGUAUGGAUUUGUUGAUGACAGAACGAGGCAGCAGAUUUCUGAAACAGAUGCUGAUGGUGCAGUUGUACUAGGGGAUCCUGUUGCUCCACCAGCGAAUGGUGACAUGUAUACAGAUCUCAGCACUGAAAAUGCUAUGCUCCCAGGCUCAAGGAGACUAAGCAAAGGUGUUGAAUACUUGGUUGAGGCAUCAGCAGCAGAAGCUGAGGCAAUAGCUAAAACCCUAGCUGCUGCAAAAGCACGUCAGUCAAACGGGGAAGUUGAUCUUCCUGAUAGGGAUCGUGGAGCUGAGGCUACUCCUAGUGGGAAACAAAUGAUAAAACCUGAAUCUGAUGCUGUAACUAAUUCUGCACCAGCUGGCAUACGAUUGCAUCAUCGAGCUGUGGUAGUAGCUGCAGAGACUGGUGGAGCAUUAGGUGGGAUGGUUAGACAGCUUUCAAUAGAUCAGUUUGAAAAUGAAGGCAGGAGAGUUAGCUAUGGGACCCCAGAAAAUGCAACCGCAGCAAGAAAGCUUCUGGAUCGCCAGAUGUCAAUUAACAGUGUGCCUAAAAAGGUGAUAGCUCACCUCUUAAAGCCUCGUGGGUGGAAACCACCUGUUCGGCGACAGUUUUUUCUGGAUUGUAAUGAGAUCGCGGAUCUUUGUGAUAGUUCUGAAAGAAUAUUUUCAAGUGAACCUAGUGUUCUGCAAUUAAGGGCUCCUAUUAAGAUAUUUGGUGAUCUGCACGGCCAAUUUGGAGACCUCAUGCGACUAUUUGACGAGUAUGGAUCUCCAUCAACUGCUGGAGACAUAGCAUAUAUUGAUUAUCUGUUCUUAGGAGAUUAUGUCGAUCGAGGUCAACACAGCUUGGAAACCAUUAGUCUUCUGUUAGCUUUAAAGGUUGAGUAUCCACAAAACGUUCAUUUAAUUCGUGGAAAUCACGAAGCUGCUGAUAUAAAUGCACUGUUUGGCUUUCGCAUUGAGUGCAUUGAACGAAUGGGAGAAAGAGAUGGGAUUUGGGUAUGGCACCGGAUAAACAGACUAUUCAACUGGUUGCCUUUGGCGGCUUUAAUUGAGAAAAAGAUCAUUUGUAUGCAUGGGGGUAUAGGGAGGUCGAUUAACCAUAUUGAGCAGAUCGAAAAUCUACAGCGACCGAUUACAAUGGAGGCUGGUUCAAUUGUACUUAUGGAUUUGUUGUGGUCUGAUCCAACAGAAAAUGACAGUGUGGAAGGACUGCGGCCAAACGCCAGAGGUCCUGGAUUAGUUACUUUUGGGCCUGAUCGCGUGAUGGAGUUCUGCAAUAACAAUGAUCUACAAUUGAUUGUACGUGCACAUGAAUGUGUAAUGGAUGGCUUUGAACGCUUUGCCCAAGGACAUUUGAUCACCCUUUUCUCGGCCACCAAUUAUUGUGGGACUGCAAAUAAUGCAGGUGCAAUUUUAGUCUUGGGUAGAGAUCUUGUGGUGGUGCCAAAGCUCAUUCAUCCAUUGCCACCUGCAAUUUCGUCACCUGAAACUUCUCCUGAACGCCAUAUAGAAGACACAUGGAUGCAGGAGCUUAAUGCAAAUAGACCACCGACACCGACCAGGGGUCGUCCACAAGUUACAAAUGAUCGUGGCUCUCUUGCAUGGAUAUAGAUGAAGCUCAUUCCUAAAAUCACUCAGAAUACUUGUUAUGGUUUUGCACUCGAGAUAUUGCAAAAAUAUCUGCAACCGUACCUGUGAAACCCCGACCGGACCCUAUGUAGUUAUUGAAACAAUCGGAAAACGAAGAUUUGAGAUUACAAAGUGCACCAAAUGCCGGUCAGCAACCCCUUUGUACAUUGGCAAACGGGGCGGUUUGAGCUAUUGGUAGUGUUGGUUCUUUCAUGGGUGAUGAUUUUCUUUGCUAGUCCUUUUUACAUGAUUUUUGUUUCUUGUUAGAUGUAUCAUUGGUUUUAUUUUUUUGGGUUUUUUGUUUAAAGAUAGAAUGAGGUUAUAUAUGUUUGGAAAGAAGGUAAUGAAUGUAUCAUAGAGGAGGCGGUGUUGUGUUAAUGUACAAUGUAACAUUUGUGUGAAGAUAAGAACCUUUCUUUUAUGAUUA